AUGACAUAUCCAGCCAUCCAACCCGCUCCAGCUCCACAGAAUCCACAGCCGAGGCAGGAAAAAAGGAAUUAUUCCAAGACCGGACGUCGUCAGAACCGCAGCUGCGAUCAGUGUCGGAAGGGCAAACGCGCUUGCGACGCUGCGCUCCUCGACCACAAUGACCUGGAAACCGCUUUGUCGCCAUCGAGCUCGAUUUCCUCCAGCUGGAAGUCAUGGGAAUUGGACGGCUCACACAACUCUGUAGGCAAUCAGGAUACAGCACAACAUCGCGAGAGCGUCAUUCCUGUCGGUCCUUGCUCGAACUGUGCCAGAGCGGAUAGAGAGUGCACAUUCGAAUGGCUUCGUCCCAUGAAAGAGGUCUUGUUGCGGCGCCAGAAACGACGAACUACAGAGUCAGACAUAUCUCGCGGGGAGCACAAGGCUAUGGGUGACGUUCCGAAAGAAAAUGCUAUACUCCAAGGUUCUGGUGUUCCGGAUUCAUCCCAGCCCUACAAUAAUUUGGAUGAAUUUGUGUCCUUCUCGCUCUUGGGAGUUGAGGAUGUCUUUCCUGUUCCAUCCGAUGUCCCGGACCAGUCUGCCCUGUCAUUUGGAUUAGAGAACAGCUAUCAUCCACAGACAGUGAUUGAUGACAGUUCUCAGUCGAAUGAGUUUGACAGCCUUUCGAUGCUAUCUGAUGUCACAAAUGGUUACAAUUUGCCUGGGCUCUAUGAAUAUAGUGGUGGUAUGGAGGGGGCGCAAAAUUCACUCCCGUCAAUACUCGAACCGCCAUCUGGCACUCCCGACUCCAACGACAAAGAGAGCCCACCACCUACAAAAAGGAGCCGCAAGAUCUCAGGUGUUCGUCGACACAGCUCUUCCAACUCACAGUGUCAUAAAACAGGCACACUAUCUCCACCAUACAUUCCGUGCCAACGACGUACCUACCAACAAGAGGGCUCUCGAAGCAAAUACAGCUUUAACUUUAUGAACGAUCCAUCCCCUGACAGCAUUCAACAACGUCUAGCUUCAUCUUCCUGCACCUCUCAGGUGGCCAGAGGGCUCAUGCGGAUCUAUCACGACAGCAUGGAGAAUGCGUUCUCUUGUUGGCUUACCGAGAAGACCUGUCCCUACAGUAUUGCCACUCCUACUCUGCAUCCAGGAUCUGGCUGUCCAGAAUCGAUGGCCCAUGAAUGGGGAUCAAAUUGGUCAAAUAGGAUCUGCGAACGUGUGUGCCGAUUAGACCGCAACGCUUCGUUCGUGCGAAACAGGCCUCUCACAAAGUCAGAAGAGCGCGAUGCAUCUCGAGUCUUACAUCUUGCUAUUAUGUCUUUUGCAACACAGUGGGCUCAAUCCAGCCAAAGAAGUACAAUGGAGUACUCGUCAUUCAUGGAACAGGAAGCUUCCAAUCAGUCUACCUUGCCUCCACCAAACACCAGGUCUGCAUUUGAUAAUACAGCAGGAAUUCCUCCAGGUAAUUCCUCACCUGCACCACUCGAGUUUGAUCGUUCGAUCCAGGAAACCUUCUGGUACCAAGCACGGCAAGCAUUACUUGAAAGCCAGGGAAUUGAGUCUUUCCGUGUGAUCUUUGCUCAUAUUAUAUUCUCGCUCACCCAGCGGCCCUUGGACAUUGAUCAGCAUUUCCGAGAGAUGGGGUUGAGGAAUACUAGCACAUCCGCCCCCUUACAUACCAGCAGCUUCAAUUCACAGGGCUUUUCAGGCCACUCUUCAACAUCAUCCAUUCAUAGCUCUUUCUGCGAGAUGAAAGAGUCCAAACAGGACGAGUUGGAUAAGGUAAUCGAUGUCGAAGGGCCACCUUUGUUCCUCGAGACUGCACUCAGACAGCUCUUCUCAUGGCGUUGCAAGCUGGAAGCUUUGGAAAGACAGAGGGCAACACGGAUCAGCAAGUCUACAUCACAAGGCUUCAACUACACCAGGACAGAUCCGCUCUGUGCCGCAGAUCGAAAGACGUUCAAUCUCCUCUUCUGGCUUGGGAUCAUGUUCGAUACUCUCUCCUCUGUAAUGAACAAACGUCCACUAGUUGUCUCCGACGAAGACAGUGAUAUCCUCUACAACCCAAACAGGGAUUCCUCCCCCUCGCCCGCUCUUCACACGGAUUUCCUCAGCAGUGAACCUACACCUCACAGCUCCCGGUUUCCCAAAGAUAGCGACUCUAACCUAUGGGGCCAAUUCUUCCUACAGGAAAAAGCCGUAAAGUACAACCACCACAUAACCCGCUGGCCCUGUUCCUACGAAGACGCAGCCUCCACACUCUGCGACGCUGCCCCCAUCAAAGUCCUCCUCUUCCGACGCAUAACGAACCUCCAAACCCUCCUCUCUCGACGCUCCAGCCCCUCCAAACUCGAAGCCGCCAUCACCCGCGCCCUCGAAGUCUACCAAUACUGGAACAUGACCUACGGGCCCUUCAUCCACGACUGCACCGCACACCACGACUCCCUCCCGCCACGCAUCCAAUCCUGGUACGUCGUGCUCGCCGGCCACUGGCACCUCGCCGGCAUGCUACUGGCCGACACCAUCGAAGCCAUCGACGCGGCUUGUCUCGGCCUGUCGCCUUCAUAUGAGUUUCGGCAGGCAUCGAAGCAGGUAGCGUGCCUACGGAGACAGAACGCCGACGCGGUGGCGGAGCUGGGGCGGUGCGCGAGUCCGCGCCCCGAGGCGUCGUUCCCGCGCGGCGAGGAGUUCCAUUUCGCGGUGAACAAGGGGGCGCUGUUGACGGAGCCGUGGACCGUCGUUUUGAUCCGCGCGUUUAGCAAGGCGGGGAGUCUCUUCUUACAUUCGGUGGAUGGAGUUGCGGAGGAUGGUAUGGUCGCGGUGGGGAGUGAGAGGGAGGAAGCGAAGAGGAAGUGUGGAUUUUGUAUUGAGGCGCUGUGGGUGCUAGGGAAGAAAUCGGAUAUGGCGUUCUUGGCAGCUACAGCUUUGUCGCGCGCUCUUAGUGAUAGGACGAGAGAUCGUACAUAG